GCUGACUUCCCAUCCGCCCCAGGAUACGUCCCAUCUCAGUGAGCAGUGUGCCUGCAAACCUGCCGCAGGCUCGGUGGCAGUCUCCACGAUGCCACACUUGUGCAGGCUGCUGGUCUACGCGCUGCUGGGGCUGGGGUCCCUGCUGGUGGGGGGGCUGCCCCUGCCCUGCCCCCCCACCUGCCAGUGUUAUGACACCUCCAAAGUCUUCUGCUCGGAGGAGAGGAUGCGGGAGAUCCCGGCAGGCCUGCCAGGGAACGCCACCCAGAUCUUCUUCGUGGAGACAGCCCUGAGCAGCGUCCGCAGAGGGGCCCUGGGCUCCAGCACUACCCUCACCAAGCUGGUCUUCCUCAACAACAACAUCCAGGAGCUGGAGGCCGGUGCCUUUCAGGGGCUGCCCAGCCUCAUGGAGCUGGAGGUGUCAGGCAACCCCUUGCCAGCAGUCAGCCCGGAGGUGCUGGUGGGGCUGCCCAGCCUCAGCAAGCUCUCCCUGGGCGCCAAUGCCAUCCACUCCCUGCACCCGGGGCUCUUCGCCGCUGCUUGUCGCCUGCAGGACCUGCACUUGCCAGGGAACAAGAUUGAGGUUCUGCCCCCCGACAUCUUCCGCCCGCUCCGACGCCUCCAGACCCUGGACCUCUCGCAGAAUGCCCUGGCUGAGCUGCCGGCUGGGCUGCUGACACCACUUGUCGCCCUCCGCCUCCUCAAGCUCAGUGAGAACCUGCUGACACGGGUGCCCUCCGGCGCUUUCAGGGCACUGGGCCGGCUGGCCGAGCUCCACCUGGAUGGUAACUGGCUGGAGGAGCUGCCGGCCAGCGCCUUUGCUGGACUGGGGGGGCUGCGGCGGCUGCAGCUGCAGCACAACCACCUUGGCAGCCUGGCCCCUGACAUCUUUGCCGGUCUCCCCAACCUCACCGUCCUCAGCCUGGAGGGCAACCGCCUGGCCACCCUGCCUGCCACCCUCUUCACCGGCACCCCUCACCUCCUCCACCUCUCGCUGGCUCGCAACCAGCUGGAGACGCUGCCCCAGGGGCUCUUUGCCAACCUGUCGGCGCUGCAGACCCUGACGCUCUCGCACAACGCCAUGACCCAUCUCCCCGCCGGGGUUUUCCAGGCCCUGGCAGGGCUGACAGCACUGCAGCUGAGCCACAACAACCUCUCCAGCCUGCCGGCUGCGCUGCUGGCCGGGCUGCCCCUCCUCACCGCCCUGGCGCUGGACCACAACCGCCUGGCCCACUUGCCCCCAGGGCUCUUCGAUGCCAACGAGGGGCUGGCACACGUGGGGCUGGCCGACAACCCCUGGGCCUGCAACUGCCACCUCGCCUAUCUCCUGGGCUGGCUCCAGGGCUUCGCCGAGCCCCUCACCCACGCGCAAGCCUCCUGCGCCAGCCCGGCCACUCUCCAGGGACGGUUCCUGCUGGAGGUCUCCCAGGGGCAGCUGGAGUGCCCGGGAGCGCCUGGCAUCCCCCAGGAGGAGGGCUGGGACAAGGAGCGGGGGGAGGAUGCUCUGGGGCAGUGCACCUACAGCAACCCUGAGGGCACCGUAAGCAUGGCCUGUGAUGCCAUGAGCUGCCAGCAGCUCAGCCUUCGCCUCCCUCCUCCUCCUCCCGGGCAGGUGGCAGGGACGGGGCUGGUGUACCAGGGUGCCUGGGUGCUGCGCUCCCGCUGUGGCACGCUGCAGGUCAGCGUCCUUGUCAGGGCGCAGAGCGGGGAUGAGGCCAUGUCACCAGCUCUCCCCACUGAUCAGCCCCACGGAGGCUCCGCGGAGACGGGGCGCAAAGUCCCAGUGGGCGCUGCCCACCCAGGGGAUGGCAGCCUCCGGAGCGGGCUGGCAGCGAGCGGGGACCUGGACGCAUAUGGCAGUGAUGUUGGAAAGGGAGCUGGCCAGGUGAUGGGACCCUCGUCUGGUGGCCUCGCUCCUCACACGGCACAGCUCGCUCUGGUGGCUGGACUCGUUCGCAAGUGCUCAGCCAAGACAAUGUACCAGCAUUUCCUCUUCCUUUUCUUCCUCUUCUUCCAUCUCCAUAAAUGCCAAGAUCAAAUCCUGGGUGAAGAUCCAUAUGAAAUGCCCAAAGACUACCAGGAGGUCUACAGAGGGACAAAAAAUGACAUCAAAGAGAUCCCAAAGAUUGUAAAGCCCUUCAUUUCUGAGAUGAUCUUUGUGCAAACCAGCAUCACUGCUAUAAGGAAAGGUGCCUUUGGGUACAUGCCCAACCUGAUCAAGAUUUUGUUUAUUGGCAACAAGAUCAAGACAGUUGAACCUGGAGCCUUUGAUAAUUUGGUCAAGCUGAGGGACUUGGAGAUCUCUGGUGCCUUGUUGGAAGAACUAGCUGUGGGCACUUUCCAAAACCUCCCAAGCUUGCAGAGGCUGGAGCUGAGAGACAGCCACCUCAGAUACAUCCCCAAAGGCCUGUUUGAUGGGCUGGAAAAUUUGGGAGAGCUCUCCCUGCACAUCAAUGCAAUCUCUUCUCUUCCAGAAGGCAUUUUUGAUUCUCUCGUCAAUCUAACAUUUUUGGACCUUGCUAGAAACAGGAUCACAACUCUUCCUGGGGAUGCCUUUAGCAAACUCCCUCGGCUGCAAGUCCUCCGGCUGUAUGAGAAUGAGUUGCAGGACCUCCCAGAGGGGCUGCUAGACAGUCAGUCGGGACUGCUGGAGCUCAGCCUUCAGAGCAACAGGCUCAGGGCACUGCCAUCCAUGUUUCUGAGGAGGCUGCCUCACCUGGAGAAGCUCCUCUUGGACAACAACUUCAUCGAGGUUCUCCCACCUCAGGGCUUUUUUGGUUUAAACAAAUUGAAGCUGCUGACUCUGAGUUCAAACCACAUUACGGAGCUCCCCUGCUGCCUUUUUGACACCAUGCCACACCUGCGGGAGCUGGACCUGGGCAGGAACAGUUUGGCCAUGCUUCCAGACGGCAUCUUUGUCAACCUCACGUCUCUUGGCAAACUCAUCUUGUCCCACAACCAGCUAGCAGCCCUGCCAAGAGGAGCCUUCACUGGGCUCAGCAAGCUGUUGGACCUCCAGCUGGACACAAAUCAGCUCUCUGCUCUGGAUGAUGAGGUCUUUGUUUCUCUCCCAAAUCUGAAAACCCUCAACCUUCGGAAGAACCAGCUGGAGAGUGUGCCCCGAGGGCUUCUGGACCCCCUGAAGAAGCUCAGCUCAGUGUAUCUGAGUGGAAACCCAUGGAGAUGUGACUGCAACCUCUGCUACCUGCACAGCUGGAUCCUACGCAACAGUGAGAAGGUCAAAUUGUCCACCCAAGUAUCAUGCAAGAGUCCACCCCACCUGGCAGGGCAAGCAGUGACAUCGCUGAGGGAUGACCACUUAACUUGCCAAGCUACUCUGCCUCUUUCAGCUUCUUUUACCCCAUCUCUGCCAUUCACCUCCACAUCAUCACAGGGGAUAUCAAUGUUGCUGUCACCUGGAGCCUUGCCCACUGCAGCGCCAACCACGUUGUCACUAGCAGCCUUUCCCAUCAUGGCACUGCCAACCAAGCUGUCACCUGUGGCCACCUCUGCCAUGAUGCCAACCAUGCCAACGGAGGCCUUCUUCACCACUCCAUCACCAACUGUGCUGCUGAAGGCCUUCAUUGCUACCUCAUCAUCAACCAAUGUGCCCAAGACCUCCAUCACCACACCAUCAUCAACCAUGCUGCCCAAGACAUCCAUCACCAUGACAACAUCAACCAUGCUGCCAAAGGCCUCCAUCACCACCCCAUCAUCAUCUGUGCUGCCUGAGACCUCCAUCACCACCCCAUCACCAGUUGUGCUGUCUGAGGCCUCCAUCACCACCCUAUCGCCAGCUGUGCCACCUGAGACCUCUGUCACCACUCUAUCGCCAGCUGUGCCACCUGAGACCUCUAUCACCACUCCAUCACCAGUUGUGCCACCUGAGGCCUCCAUCACCACGCCAUCACCAGCUGUGCUGCCAGAGACCUCCAUCAACACACCAUCAUCAACCAUGCUGCCAAAGGCCUCCAUCACCAUCCCAUCACCAACUGUGUUGCCCGAGACCUCCGUCACCACCCCAUCACCAGCUGUGCUGCCAGACACCUCCAUCAAUAUACCAUCACCAACUGUGCUGCCCAAGGCUUCCAUCACCACCCCAUCACCCGCUGUGCCACAGGAGGCCUUCAGCCUGUGUGUAACUCCAGCCGUCAUAAGCCUACAGCCUCCUGGGACCCCCAGCCCAGAGCCUGCACUGCCCACUCUAGCUUCUGCCACCACAUCAGUGCCAACCAGCCCGCUGGCAGCCACCACCAGACAAGCGUCUCCUGCUCUUCUGGUGCCCGCGGAGAGGCCAGCCACCAUUCAGUGGGGGACAUCCAGCAUCUCCCUUGUCUCGGCCCCCCCUGAGGCACUCUGGCCACCCCCCAGGGCUGCUGUGCCGGGCACGGUCCUUCUGGCCUCACACUCCCCGUCCCACCGUGCUCCUGCGCCAGGCGGGGAGCUGGACCGUGCCACCGCAUGGGACUUGUCCACGGUUGGCACCCGGCCCGCUCCCACUGCCCCCCAACGCGCUCCCACCCCUGCAGGCACCGUCCUGCUCCCGACACCUCCUGUCCCCCCGCCGCCAGACCAUACGAGCCCCUGGCCGGCCUCCCCACCCCUGGCCCCCAGCGGCCAUCACACCUGGGGCUUCGCCCUGCGGUCCAGCCCACGGCACUGCCGGGUGUCCCUGGCCCUGGGCCUGGCCGCGCUGGCGCUGCAGGCAGGCUGCACGCUGCUCUGGGGCACACUCGUCCUUCUCCUGCGCCAAGCCACCCGCCGCCGGGGCCACCCCAUGCCACCAGUGAGGCUGCUGCGUCUCCAAGCCCUGGGUGCCCCGGGGCCCCCCGAGCAAACCCGGGCACCGCUUUGAGCUUCGCUCCCCCUGCGUGAGCUGGGCAAUGCCCGUCGCCCUCCUUUGGGGGGUCUGGAGCCACGGGGUGCGCACGUCGUGGGGUGCGGACCGUCCCCCGGGGGUGGGUGUCCCAGCACCCAGGCUGUUUUGGGGUGCCUCCCAGCUGGCCUCUGGAGAUGCUGUGAGCCCGUGCGCGGUGUCGCUGCCUGACGGGCCCUUCUGCCAAGCGACACUAGAUGGCAUCCCGACAUAGGCGGUGGCUGCCACUGCCUGCCCAGGGCCACCGGCAGCAGAGAGGGCGAACAGGGGC